CACCACACCACACCACAACGCCCACCAUGAGUCCCUCCCAAGUAUCCACCCCCUACGCCUCUCUCGCCAUGGCCGCCCUCCGCCUAAGUCCCCUCGUCCUCUCCAGCGCAACCAUCAUCUCCGUCGCCCACCAACACGUCAUCUUCGCCAUGCUCCUCACCACCUCCCCCACCAUCGCCCGCCCCUUCUCGCGAAAAAUCAUGUGGAUCAUGGGCUCCCUGUACCCUCUCUCUCUCGUCUCCCUUCUCCUCAACGCCUUCCUCCUCCCUGCAUCCUCCUCCUCCUCCUCCCUCUUCGGCCUCGGCUUCGCCCUCACAUUGGCGCACGUGGCGCCGUUUCGAUACGCGGGACGCUUGAGGGGCGCGCUGGAGGAUGAGAAGGUGGGGAAGGAGGCGUUGGUUAAGGUUAUGGGGGAGUGGCAUAGGCUGAAUUGGUGGAGGCUGUGGGUUUGCGAUUUACCGGCUUGGGGGGUGGUUUUUGCUGCUACGGUUAGGGGGGUUGUUUGA